CCUCUCCGUCACGUCACAGAGAGCCCGAGCGCCAUUAGAUUGAUGGCAGAGCUUCAUCAGGAGCGAAGCAGGGUUUAAUAGAGGAAUCAGUGCGAAGACUUUACGCGAAGCGCGGAUCGGUGGCUGUUUGCGUGUGUUGCGGUCAUCCGUGGAGCUCUAUGGCUGCUGUGAUCGGCUAGAGGCUCGAAUCAGGCUUUGUUUUUGUGUCAGGCGGAGAGUUUGGGCAUGGCGGCGGCUGGAGGGAAGACGUACUCGUUCAAGGUGGUGCUGCUGGGGGAGGGCUGCGUCGGGAAAACCUCGCUGGUGCUGCGAUACUGCGAGAACAAAUUCAACGACAAACACAUCACCACUCUUCAGGCAUCGUUCCUCACAAAAAAGCUCAACAUCACAGGAAAGAGAGUGAAUCUGGCUAUAUGGGACACUGCUGGUCAGGAGCGUUUUCAUGCCCUUGGACCCAUCUACUACAGAGAUUCCAAUGGCGCAAUAUUGGUGUACGAUGUCACAGAUGAGGAUUCAUUUCAGAAGGUGAAGAACUGGGUAAAAGAGUUAAGGAAAAUGUUGGGGAAUGAGAUCUGUUUAUGUAUAGUAGGCAAUAAAAUUGACCUGGAAAAAGACCGACAUGUUUCUGUGGAGGACGCAGAGGGAUACGCAGAGUCAGUGGGGGCAAAACACUAUCACACAUCAGCCAAAUUAAACAAAGGCAUUGAGGAGCUGUUUCUGGACCUGUGUAAACGCAUGAUGGAGACGGCUCAGGCAGAGGAGAGGUCAAGGGGGAACGGCGCGAGUCACACAAGCACAGCCCGGAGAGGUGUACAGAUUGUUGACGACGAGUCCCAGGCUGCCAUGCCCGCCGGAGGCUGUUGUACUUCCGGCUAAACACACUUACCCCCUUUUACCUUUACCUGGAACUGAUAAUGGCCUCUCGUGCUCUCCUCUGUGUAAGAAGCUCCUCAGCUCUGUCAAGUCACUUCUUUAACAGUUCCUUAUUGAAACGGUCGAUUUUGUAACUCCAUUCUUUGCCAGCAGACUUUAGGGGCCAAAAAAUGCCAGAUUGACCUAUGUUAAAAAUAUUCACAAAUUAUUACAAAUAGGUAUCAAACAAUAAUGCCCAGUCUUAUAAAAACAAUACAUGCACUGAUUCAUUUCCCUUUCAAUCUGAUAUGUUAGCACUUUUUUUUCUUCUUUUGGCAAGGUGUUGUGCAUGUAGAAUCUUUAAAAUCCUAGUUUCAUUUUACAUCCAAGAAAAAAAGAAAUUCUUUAUUAUUUAAUAACUUAUUUACACAUUCAUCAAACAUCUACAUGUCCAAAGACCUUUGUACUUCUUGUAAUCAAUUGGCUUGUGUCAUUCUUAUACAGUCUCAUUCUUCUGUCGUUCAUAUCUUCUGUAUCUUUCUUAAAAAUGCAACAUUAAAAUCCAUCUAGAACAUUUAAA